UUUUUGGUUCUUUUCAUCUAAAACAACUCUUUCAACACUUUUUACAUUAAUGUAAACAACCUUUUGGUCUUUUUGGCCUAAAACAACCGUUUCAACCCUCUUUAUCUCAAAAAUUUCAGCACUUGUAUGGUACUUUAUUGGUGAAAUUGUUUGAUUGGCACGAAUUUUAACAAAAUUAAAGAUUUGAAUUUUAACAAAAUUAAAGAUUUUUGAAAUUUAUGGUACAAAGAUUUUAACAAAGAUUUUUGAAAUUUAAAAGAUAGUACAAAGUAUUUGUGUGAAGCAUCCUUAUGGAAAGAGAGACCGGUUUGGCCUGCAACCAACAACAACACCAACCUCAAGAAUGGAGAGUGUGUUCAGUGCACAUGCCUGGUCCCGCCAACCCAAUGGUCUAUGGGUUUUUUGGAGGGAACGUGAUGAUGCAGAGCAGCUUCAGAAUCACUUCUCCUUCAAUGUUGUUACUAAACGCAUGGAAAUCAAGGAAAGAGUUAAGAUUGCACUACAACAUGUAGAGAAAUUAUCCUGCAAUUAUCUUAUUCAGUACUGGGCUAGUAUUGUAAUUGAUGGCCAGACUUUCCUAACAACUUCAGAUCAGCCUUUUGGUCUUACCAGACUUGAAUACGGACUAUGUUCGUACAGGAAAAAGUGCCUGAGCCAUGCAAUUCCUGUUGAGCUGAAGAACGGUACCCAAUGUGAAAAUGACCUUGGUCCUCCCGGACGUGUGUUCAAAUAUAGGUUGCCUGAACUAUGUACAGACGUGAAGAAUUACAGCCAACAAGAGUUCCCUUUACGGGAUGAUGCUGUAGCCUGGAGCAUACAAUGGUGCUAUACUGUCCCUGUUUUUGAUCCAUCUCGAGACACCUUUGUCGGGGUCCUUGAGUUGGUCACCAGUCACCAAACAAAUGAAUGGAUAUUUGGAAACUCUGUCUUGCCCAUUUUCAAGAUGCUCCAGGUGGUGGAUCUGAAAUCUCCAGAUUCAUAUUGUCCGCUUGAUUUGAAAGUUUUGGAUGACCGGCAAUGUGCUCUUGGUGGAUUAUACAAGGCAAUCGAAGUGGUAUGUCAAAAACAUCAAUUUCUCUUUGCUCAGAUUUGGGUCAGUGUUGCUGAUUCAUGGUGCACUGGAAAAGUUAUCACUGUUAGACAACGACACAUUGCAAUCAACGAUAACCAAAACUUAAGUUUAUUCAAAUAUGCAAGUGGUCUUCAAUACAUGUUAGAAGGCUACGGUGUUGUAGGCAGGGCUUUCUCAUCAAAAUCUUCAUGCUUUUGUCGAGAUGUAACACAGUUGAGCAUAAUGGAAUACCGCUUGGUAACUUGUUCUCGCGAAGCUGGUUUAACUGGUUGUUUUGCAAUCUGUUUAAGUGCUCUGGACAAUGAUGACAAUGUUUACAUACUAGAGUUCUUCUUGCCCCCAAAUGAGCUUCUGCAUAGAAAUCUACAAGUCUUCCUGAAGUUAGUUUUGGACACGGUGAAACAACAGUUGCAACACUUUGAGUUUGCAGUCGGACAUGAUUUUGGAGAGAAGUUACCUGUUAAAGUCAUCAAGAUUUCUUCUGACGAUGACCUUGAUUCUUUCGAGAUCUGUCAGAAUACUAAAGAACUGCAUAACGUUGAGCCAUUGCCAAAUGGAGGAGAGUUGAUGUUGCCUGACACAGCAACAGCAGUCUUUUUCUUCCGAAACAAAUCAACAACUGAGUUUGGAUAUUGAUGAGAUAACUGCUGCAAGGGAUAGCGUAGCUGUAAGUGAAGAACAGUGCAAUUCCGCUGGAUCUUCAACUAGCGCUAAAACCUCUCAAAACAAAGAAAGAAAACUGCAGCUGGAAUUAUCAACACGACAGGCAAAGCAGGGAGCAAAUGCUGUGAACAAAAGAAGAAACAGUAAACGGACUUUUACCUCCGAGUCAGAGAUUCAGAAAGAAAGAGAGAGGAUAGAACGAGAUCAUAACAUCAACCU